UCUAGGCUCCAGAAGAAUGAGAGGAGGAGGAGGAGAGACAAGGGACCUAUCCAGAGAAAGAAGCCAACCAGCUGCCAGCCAGCCAUAGAGAAGUGAAAGCAAGAUAAACAGGAAAAAGAAAGAUCUGCUUACGCAGCGCCCCUACCAACCGGAACAUGUGUCGCGUCAAGCCCCACAUCAAGUAUGCACCACCGCCGUUUCUCACCCCAGCCAGACGCAGUCGCCCCAACUUUUCUCCCUUUGAAAGGAAGUCUGUGCUCGCGGUGAGCCUCACAGCCCUGUGCCUCGUGCUGCUAGCCAUGCGCCUCAUCACUGACAUGAAUUUCCCUUCGCUGCUGAGCUGCUUUGGACAGCCUGAGACCAAGUGGAUCCCAUUGUCCUACUCUUCUAGGCAGCCUCUUCGAACUCACUACGGAUACAUAAACGUGAGGACCCAAGAGCCUUUGCAGCUGGACUGUGGCCAUUGCGCCAUAGUGUCAAAUUCAGGUCAGAUGGCUGGACAGAAGGUGGGGGAGGAGAUAGACCACUCUUCCUGCAUUUGGAGAAUGAACAAUGCCCCCACCAAGGGCUUCGAGGAGGACGUUGGCCACGUGACGAUGGUUCGCGUCGUGUCACACACCAGCGUUCCUCUCUUGCUAAAAAACCCCGACUACUUCUUCAAGGAGGCAAGCGCCACCGUUUAUGUCGUUUGGGGCCCUUUCCGCAACAUGCGGAAGGACGGGAACGGCAUUGUCUACAACAUGUUGAAAAAGACAGUUGAUAAGUACCCGAGUGCGCAGAUUUACGUGACCACAGAGCAACGGAUGAGUUACUGCGACGCAGUUUUUAAGGAGGAAACCGGGAAAGACAGAUACUUACUCCGCUCCACGUCUGCUGUGGUGUUAAUACGAAACCGCCUGCCACAGGCCCGUGUGUCUGAACACACCCAAAUACCGGAGCUGUUCUGGAACACCAUGGGACCUUUGAGGGGCAGAACUUUGCUGAAGGAAGUGGGCCGGGGCCUGGGGGUUGGGCCCUGAGAGUUUGUACCCUGGUACCAAGUCUCAUCUUCUUGGUCCUUCCUGCCUGCUGGUACAGUGUCACCAGCUACCUCCAUGCUGCCACCAUGCUUUCCACGCCACGAUAGACUUCUUCUCUUCUUGAGACUGUGAGCCUGUGCAUCCCCUUCCUCUGCUUUGUCUGGUUUUGAGACCUUACGUCGUCCAGGCUGCCCUUAAAACUCACUGUGUAGCUGAAGAUGACCCCGAACAUGUAAUCCUCCUGUCUCAACCACCCGAGUGCUGGGAUUAUAGGUAUGAGCUGCGAUGAUUAACCUGUGGGGUGCUGGGAUUGGAACACAGGACAUCCUGUGUGCUAGGUAAGCGCUCUGCCAACUGACCUACAUCCCCAACCCACCCCUCCUCCCCUAAGUUUCUUUGUAUUACUCGGACACAAGAAAAACAGCUAAUACAACAUCUGAACCAAAACUCUACUGCUGACUCCAAAGCACCACGCCUCAUCCUCUCAUGGGUUCCAAUAGUUUAGCACUAAAGCAGGAAAUAAGCGAUUUGAUCAGAAAACUCCAAAGCAGCAGGAAGCGUGAGCAUCCCAUUUCCACUAUUAGGGAAGUGCUCACUUGAAUACUGUCCAAGCGAAUGAGUCCUGGCCUUCGAGUGGAGGCCAUGACAGAGGAUUGACCAGUGUUGUAUUACGUGCAUGUAUACACAUGUCUCCUAGAUGCUGGGUAAUGCUUCAGGCAAAGCCUCCUCGGAGGCACUGGUUCCCUGGAAUCGUGUUUGCUGCGUGGACAGUCAGCCUCCAAGCCCAGUGCUCCACUGCCCUAGAAACAAUAGGAACCAAACCCAGCAUAGAAUGGGGAGUGAAAAGGAAAAGUUAAACCCUCUGUUAGCGGAGAACAGGAGCCUGUACACCAAAGAGACUUCAGAAUCUAGCAAAAGCAUGGAUUUGAGGUUCUGAGCAAAAGCACAGAAAUGAUGUAAUGGUUGGUUUGCCCAUAUCCCGGAAACAUACCUCCUGACCUUGGGUUUCUGGAAUUGAAGGAGGACCCUGCUGGGCAAGCUUAUCCGUGUUGGGUUUCCCACUUCUCUCCCAACCAAGGACAAAGACUGUGUUAUUCACUUGCUUAGAGGACUACCCUCUAAAAUUUGUGUCAAUUCUGCCAUCACUUCAGGACCCCAGGGACUCUGAUUAUUAGGAUGUGGUCACAGAGGUGGCAGGGGUUAAUUUCAUAUUUGUCAUGAGAUCUUACAUGAUUUCCCUAAAAGAGACUUAAUUUCCACUGGGCAUAAUAACUUGCAGCUGUUGGAUUGUGCUGUGUACCAGUGGUGAGUUCUUGUCUUCAGAGAUUUAUGCAAGUCAUUAUUUAAAAAUAGAGAUCCGGGAGUUACAGCUGGCUAAUUAAUCUACCACUAAGGAAAGCUAAGCGAGUGACCCACUUAACUGCUUUCGGGAGCCACUGCUAUGUGAAAGCCAACUUUCAAAACGUCCUAUACAAAGAAGCAAGAGGCUAAGUUCCCCCCCACCACCACCAAUGGCAUUGCUGUGGCCUCCUCGGGGAGCAAGCCUGCAUUAUUAACCUGAUUGCUGUUGCCAUCGAGCCUGGGUCAUUUGAAAGGAAGGAAGUUGAUUUAGCUCAUAGUUCUGAGACUGGGAAGUUCAAGGCAUGGUAGUGGCAUCGUGAGUACUUACCUGCUGUGCCACAACACGACCGAAGCGUCACCUUCCCGUCUCCCGGACACACGCAUACACAGGACCUCAUCCGUACACGGUGGAGUCUCUUGGGCCCCCCCUUCCUGAAGAUGCUCGCUGGGCAGUCACCUUGUCCGUCCAUGCCCCAGCGUGGGCACCUGUUUGGGAACGGCGCUUGAGCAGUCCGCUGCAUUAACGCCACAGCUCGGUUGGCAUCUGAGUCCUCCCCGCGGUGACUCCAGUCCACGUCACCACUGUGUGCUGUCCCCUCCGGUCCUGCCGCUUCUCCCAGCCCAUCCCUCUCCUGUCUUCCCGCCCUCACCCAGACUGGCUUUCCAAGUUCUCUGUCAGCCUGAAGGUGGCCGCAGGCAUCCCACCAAAAGCCACCGUGGUCAUCCCGGGGACCGUCUCUAGAUCCUCUCCCUUUAGAUGUAACAGAAGAAAGAUGACAUCAUCAGACCAUGACGUCGUCAUCCUUGGCCUUAGGGCUGUGAUCUCUGUUCAGUGUGUGUGUGUGUCCGUCCGUUGUGGCAUUUGCUGUGUUUAUUAUACUCGUGUCCCCUCCCCACACCAUCGGGCAUUCUGGUCUGUGUGUUCCUUUGUCAUGAUGCUGAGGCCUGAACUCCGGACUUCACCCUCUGGUGCCUGGGGUGUGGUGUUCGUCGCACACACCCUUGCCAAUGGGCUGUGCUCCCUGCGCCUGUGUUUUAACUUAGCGAACGACGCUGAACGCUCACCGCGGCUAACGUUAUCCCCGUAGCUCCAGACCUUUGAGGUGCACCACAUCUGUCUAGCUGUGUCUCCCGUGCUCCAUAGAAGGUGCCCGAUACCUCUGCCGUCUCCCCAGGGUCAUGCUCAAGCCUCUCAUACUCAGACUCUGCCAAUAUUAGUCCAUCCAUGGUGUGCCUCCAUGACAAGACCACAGAGUAGGCAGUUUAAAAAGAGGAGUGCUUGGCUACAGAGUCCAAGCGGGUGGUGCCAGACUCUGGUGAGGGCCUCCUUAAGGGCUCAUAACAUCACAGCACAGCACGCAUGCCUACAUGAGCCCGGCCCAAGGCACCCAGUUGGAAUUUGCUUACUAACAAAGCCAGUCUGCUGUGCAGAAAUACUUACCAUGAAUUUUAGAGGAGGUGUGAAAACUGAAGUCACCCCCCCAUCUCCAGUCCUCCCCUUGAUUCGCAUUAACUCAUCUGGGCUUGGGAUUACUAGCGUGUGCUGCUGUCCUCUGAACUUUCCGUGGGUUUCCUCUGUAUCUUAUGUGUCUCCCUUCAGGUCAAGGGUCAUCUCUAAUGGCCUUCCCUCCCCUGACUUCACCCAUCACCGCCUCCACAGACCUUCUCUGAAGAUCUCUGUGUAACUGGAGCUCAACGAAUCCCUAAUUAUUUUGUGACUUGAAUCACCUACCUACAAAGGUAGACGUUGCUGUUCAUAACUGUCUCUCUAGUGUCCGGCGUGCUGUAGGUAGUCGUGAAAUCGAUUUGAAGUGAACGGCGUCUCUCAUCAUGCGAGGAGAGGGUUGGGCCACAUUUGAGGUCAGCCGAUCAGAGUGCCUGGUACUCUGUUUUCUGCUCUAGCCGUGGUUGAGGCCUGUGACCUCCUGUGUAACCCCUCCCAGUCCUCGGCUCACCAAACGACGGGUUGAAUUCUCAUCCCCUCUAGCAUCAUAAGACCGCAGCUUCAUUAGUCAGCAUCCAGAUGAAGCCAGGUCAUCCGCAGUGUGAGAGUAUUGACGGAGUCUCCGACUCAGGAAGCAAGCUGGGAAAGGCAGUGUCGUGUGAAGGUGACAGUGUGGCCUGUGGCUCUGAUCUUGGGCUCUCACCAGGGCUGAGAGAACAAAAUGAAUGACUUCCCAUAGAGUGUCUAGGGGAGAGUGUGCGGCAAAGAAUGGGUGCCUCACACACGUCUGCUAUUUUUAUAUGCGGGAGGGGCCUGCAAGCCUGGGGAAACUCUGUCUGACGUUUCGAAAAUUGAUCACCAUGGAUGGCUGUGUGGAAGCCAGGGUUCCAGGAGUCCCAGCCUCGCUGCUAAAAUCGAGGUGUCUUUUACAGGCAAUAAUGUACAGGCCACUCUGUGAUUUCUUUUAGGGCCAGACUGUUUUCUUUCUGGAAAUUGACAAGGACUAAUUUUUACUGCUUUUGCAAGGUGAGGCAAAGGAACAAUCAAUAUUGUGCUUCAAGAUCGUGUAGCUGCCAGGAAAGAUGCUGGGUCCAGAAUCCCAAGUUUUCAAUCUACCAAAACAUGGCUGGUUCUCUGCAGAGCAGCCGCAUAGACAUGGAGACAGAACUGUGACUUUGUGGAUAUCAUAUGCAGAUACUAGUCUGUCUUCGGAAAGGAAGAACUAAGUAAGCUAAUUUGGUUUGUCUGAUCCUAUGGGGAGGAAGUCCACAUACAGGAAAAGUCGUAACUAAAAUCCCGAGCAGCAUUUAAAGCAUGGACUUUCUUGUUGCUAGAUGGCUCCUUUUUUCUCUAGGUCAGAGGUAGCCCUGUUAAAGGGGGAAAGAGGGAUAUUAAGUGGUAUUAAGGCUGCGGAUGUUAUAACAACUUUGUUUGCUUUGUGGACAAAAGUAGCAUUUGAUAACCAUUGUUCUGCCGGGCAAAAGAAGUCUUCGCUGAGCUUUAGUUCAGCUUAAGGUUUUUUAAGAGUCAUAUAAAAAUACAAACCAUGAACUGGCUACAAAUAUGUGGCACGGGAGAUGAUACAUUUAAAAAACAGCUGGAGAACUACAUGCUUUUAUUUCACUAAAUAAAACUUCAAAGAUUUCAAUACCCUCAGAGAUUUUCAAAGAAACAGCAAGAAGGAUGUUAGUUUGCCCCCAAGGGUUCCAUACUCUUGCUGGGGAGACAGACACAUAAAGAGGGGACUUCCGUGUGACAUAGGAAGGUAGGGGACAGCAUGCUGGAGUCCCUGGAAGCGUGGGCCUGGGUGCCUGGCUAAGGUUCUAGAGGCAAGAAGAAGUUGCGGGGGAGAGAAGGGUGUCAGGGGCGGGGGUUGGCGUGGAUGUCGCUUUAAGACAGGAAAUGCUGUGGUGUAUUCUGAGUCAGCAGGUGAGUGUUGCUAGGGCUUAAAACACCAAGCAGAGGGGGCUGAGAGGUCUGACUGGGGGCAGGGGCGGAGCGAUGAAGGUGGCUGAAUUCUCUGAAGCAGGGAUUUAGGUGGUGGGUGAAGCAGUCGGGUAUUUCUGUUGUCCAGUCAAAGAACCUCAACGUAGGCAGGAAUAGUUGAGUGGAGUAGAGAUGAAUGACUUGGAAAGUACCUAAGAAGGGCCAAAGUGGUGAAUGAUGGUAAAGUGGGGAUCUCCCCCAAGUUUACAGUUGACUGAUUAAUUAAUAUUGUAUUGUAAAACACACAUGGGAUACUAAAGAAGAAUCGGGCAUGCGGACAAA